GACUUUUUAUGAUAGUGGUACCAUACAAUAUUUGUUUUUUUUUGUGAUUGAGUGACUUCACUCAGCAUAAUGUCUUCUAUAUUCAUCCAUGUUGUGAGAUGUUUUGCGGAUUCUUCAGUAUUCUUUAGAGUUGUGCAGUAGUCGCCACUGGGUUUUGCAGAAGGAAGCUGUGGUUUCUUGUCUUCCUGCUUAUCCACAUGGUUUUCUUCAGAGGGAGGGCUAACGUCUAACCAUAUUUUUCAACAAAAUCAGAAGUGAAUAAAGUAGAAUGCGCAGUAGUUAUCGGCAGAGUGGAAGGAACUAGAAUUUUCCAAGGAAAUUCUUCCUCAGACAGACUUUCAGACUGGGUACUCCAUGGAGAAUGAGGAACUGGGUCUCAUUCACCCGCAGCGCCUUCCUGAUGCCUGGCACACAGUGAGCACUAAAUAACUGUUUGGUUAUUUUUCUUGUGGCACUAAGCUCUCAUUAACCAGCAUUUAUUGAUCUCCAGCUGAGUGUCAGACCCAGUGCUAGUUGCUGGGGUUACAAAGAGAAAUAAAAUCUGUCUUCGUUCGCAAGGCUGAGGAAGAUAGAUUUGGGCUCAGAUAGGAAGAGCUCAUCCUCCAAGAGUGAGAGAAGUCUUCAGUGAGCACCCUGCUUCCUGUCAUGGCAAGGAGACUGCAGACCUGGGUGCUAGUGUCCUUCCCAGCACAGCCAGUGAUUUCAUGUGCAGACCAGGCUCUCAUGAUCUAGACAGGAAAAUUAAAGUAACAACGUCAGUUGUAUGCAGCUUGUUGCCUUGUUCAUUCGGAUGGGCUUUCUGGUUAGAAGUCAGUCUUGGCAGUUCUUGUCUUGGAGUUGCAUUCCUGUCACUCCGGUAUGUGGAGUAACGAGGAUUUGCUAACAAGCAGCUUCAGGAAGAGCAAACAGAUGGAGCUGAGCUGUUUGCGCGCACUGGCGGAUUCAGAAACCAGUUAUUGUCUGCCGCAGCUAGUUAUUAUUGAGGGGGAGUGAGCUUUGUGGAGGUGCCAGUUAGAAGUGGGUUAGGGACAGAUUUUUACCUCUGGCCAGUUUCAGAUUAUCACUGUCUUUGGAAACUUUAAGCUUCUUAAGGGCAAGGAUCAUAUGUUGUAUACCUACUUUUGUAUCUCCACAGCCUCUAGGACAGUGCCUUCCACGUAAUAGGAACUAGAAAAAUAUCGGUGCACAAAUAAUCGAAGGAUCAAACACGACAUGUGUGAAGAGUAAUUCUGCGGUUGAGUGUAGCCUGUUUUCAGCAAGGCCCUGAGCUUGGUUUUUACAUGACUAGGAUUACAUUACUGAAUAUUGAGGGUUGUAUUCAAUUUACAGUUUUUCGUCAGUGGUUGCCUGACAAAUUGUUGGUUAUUAUUUCCCACCGUUCCUCUCUGUGAACCUGCCAUCCUAGCCAACUGGUCCUUACACUUUUCCACUUCUGGGCUUUCCCCUGCGUGCUCCCCACCCCUGCCAUUUGUCCAGAGUCAUCCUGGGCUCACAGCUAGUGGUGGGAUUAAGGAAACCAAAGCCUAACGGGCCCUCAGAGCUGAGCUGGCUUGUUGCUGGGUCAGGGGCACAGGCCAGGGAACCCUAUUGUCCAUUCUACGGCCAGUCUGUUGUGAACUUCUUGGAGAUUUUAUCCUGAUGAUAUUGGAUCUCUUGUAUUGUGUAACUUUUCAUGCUCUUAUAGCAUGAGUCAGAAUCAACUCUGACAGCAGUGGGUUUGGUAUAGCUUGUCUCAGCUUAAGUGUAACCAGCUGGAGGCAGGAACUAUACUGAUCGUUUUUAAAAACACUUUGUAUUACGGAGAAUUUCAAAUCUAAACCAAAGUAGAGAGACAAGUAAAUGAAACUCCGUGUACGUAUUGUCCAGCUCCAGUAGUGACCAGCUCACGCCAAGUCUCCCUUCCUCUUUCCCCCAUUCCCUUGGCAGGGAAGUGUUGAGGGACUGAAUGUGGGUGUGGCGGUGAUAGUGGGCAGGAUGGGACGUGACCCAGGGUCACAGGAGAUGGGCCGCAGAGUAAGAAACCGCAUGACCCAGAUAUGGACUCCUCUGCUGUGGGGAGCCAGGCAAAGGGAUGCGUUCUAGCGGAUUUCAGGGCCAUCAUACUAGGUCUGUGGGGGCAAAGGAUGGCGACGGGAUGGGGGGCACAGGUGACGAGUUUGCUCUGGGAUCUGCCGGGGUACAGGCUCAUUGUCUAGUCUGCAGUGAGGGUGUGUGGAACAAAUGGGCUGGGAUCAGAGUCUGUGACAACAGUCACAGUACAGGAGAUGAAGCUAUAAUCCAUCGUUAAGAAUAACAGUCAUAAAGAGUAACUGCUGACACAUGCUUUGUGGCUCACAGUGGAUCCAGGUGUGCUCAGAGCUUCACAUAGAUUACUUCACUGAUUGCCCACAACAGUCUGACAAGGUAUCAUUAACCCCAUUUUACCAUCAAGGAAAGCUUAGUGAGAUUGGCUCAUUUCCUUAGUAAGUGGUAAAGCCCAGAUCAUACCAGGCCAACUUGUUGCCAGUGCAAAGGUCAAGUCUAGAACCUUGAGGAACAUUUCUCUUUACUAGACAAAAGGAAGAAAUUAGUGAAGGAAGAGCCCGAGGAUCCAGGAGGUGACACAGGAAGCCCAGGAGCCAAGCGAGGGGAGGCUGCCAAAGGGUAGUCCCAUUGUGGGGGUGCAGGAGCACUCAGUGGGGAAAGCCCCAAGAGCCACAGCUUUCUGCCUCCUGUUUGGAGUUUUUGCUGAAUGGGCCGCCACAUUAGUAUCAGUCUUAGUGGCUCUCUGGACUCAAAGCCAGACACCAAAGGGCCAGUGGUUCCGGGGUAGAGAGUGAGGGCUGUGGAGCGGGCAGAGGAGACCCCACUUCCGGCAACACGUUCAGCCAGGAGUGUUGGGGCCUUACUUUUGAGGUUUUGUUAUAAUUGGGGUGGGCUUUGUUUGCUAAUUGACUCUUUUCUAAUGUUGGUGAGCUGAGUGUGGUGGGGAGGAAAUCAGUGCCCAGAACAGGAUUCACCCUCAGCAAGGUCGGCUGGGAGAUCCUGGAGGGCCAGAAUGGCUUUAUUCCCUUGUGUCUGUGUCGUCUCUGAACCCAAAUCCAAAUCAGUGGAGUUGACGAGAUGUUUUCAUGGGGUCCCUCCCAGAUUCCAUAACUCUGCUUUGUGUUGAGUUGGCAUGUGGCAGAAUUUCCUGUGUGCAGAGGAGAAACAGAAUAACGGUGGAUGGAGGGUGUGCCUGAGCCCUACCUGCUGCCCUGGGGCCGGCUGCUCCGUCCUCCGGGCCUGCUGUAAAAGGUGGUUUCCUUCUCCCUUUGCCCGAGCAGCCCCAGUUGAGGAUCACAGACAAACUGUGGGACCAUAACUUCUCACUCUCAUACAUAUGAACACUUUGGAUUUUGCAGUCCUGCCUUUGGUUGCACACGUGUAUCUUGUUCUCACUGGCUUUAGGACUCUGGAUUGCAUUGGAAACUGUGAGGGAGAGUGAGGGCUAUGUUUCACUUACACUUUUUUGCAUGCGAGUAUCCGGUGACCUCAGUACAAUUGUUUGAACCUCUGUCCCCAGUCAGAUGAUUUCAUAUUGAGAAUAGAUUUGAGUCUGCAAAUGGUACCAGUGUCUGUUUUGAGUUAUCGAGCAGGAAGUACCAGGCCUUUUCCUAGGAAUCCGUAGGCGUGGUUUUCUUGCUUUCUCUCCCUCACUUUGUGCUGACUGAGGCUUGCCCUCUGUAGGCCUGUUGGUUUCCACUGGCACUUGACCGUCUUAAGUGUAUGCUCUGUGAACCCCCAGGCGUCCCGGGAGGGAAGGGAAUGUGUAAAAAGCAUGUAUGUGCUUCACUCAGGAACGUCUUUACAGAAGGGAAGAAGUAUGAACUUUGGCCAGGUGGCCUGUGAGAUGCAUGCCUUGUAGAUGCCAACAGUGGGCUACUCUCCACACCUGCCUUCUCAGAGUUUCUUGAAAAUGCAGUAAACCACCGGAGCCAGCAAUGGUUGGAGUGCAUGUUACGUUUUUUUGUGUUCCAGGGGAAGUCCUUUCUGUCCUGUCGCCAGCUGACAUUACCAACACCUGGAGGAGAGCUGGCCAUUGACUUCCUAACUGUUGUAUGAACAGGGGAAGAAUCAGGACUUUGGCCACCAGAGGGCAGCACAAGCAGUCCCAGUCCUGGUCUUUGUCCAUUCCUGCCUGCUGGGUCCCACGGGAACCAAAGUCCCUCUUAUGUAACUGCUUCUAUAGUCUCGAUCCUUUUUUUAACAGCCCAGCAAUUGCCAGCCCCUAUUUGCAUGGGUACACUAUGGCAGUGAUUUUGGUUUCUUCUGCUUGUUCACCAUAGUUAGCACAAAAAAAAGAAUUUGUAAAUAAUGAAAUCCAAUCAUUGCCAUUUUUACCUGCAGCCUGGAAUUGUGUCGCCAUUUAAACGCGUAUUCCUAAAAGGUGAAAAAAGUAGAGAUAAGAAAGCCCAUGAGAAGGUGACAGAGAGGCGCCCUCUGCAUACUGUGGUGCUGUCAUUGCCUGACCGAGUCGAGCCAGACAUACUGCUGAACGACUAUAUUGAGAAGGAAGUAAAGUACUUAGGUCAGUUAACUUCCAUACCAGGAUACCUGAAUCCCUCCAGUAGGACUGAAAUUCUGCAUUUCAUAGACAAUGCAAAGAGAGCUCACCAGCUCCCUGGACACCUGACCCAGGAGCAUGAUGCCGUGAUCAGCCUCUCUGCCUACAAUGUCAAGCUGGCGUGGAGAGACGGGGAAGACAUCAUCCUCAGGGUCCCCAUCCACGACAUUGCCGCUGUCUCCUACGUCCGGGACGAUGCGGCACACCUGGUGGUCCUGAAGACAGCCCAGGACCCCGGCAUCUCCCCCAGCCAGAGCCUGUGCGCCGAGAGCUCCCGCGGCCUGGCGUCCGGCUCCCUGUCAGGCAGUGGCGUGGUGCCUGUUGAAGCGUGCUGCUUGGUCGUACUGGCUGCGGAGAGCAAAGGAGCUGCAGAAGAGCUGUGCUCACUGCUCAGCCAAGUCUUCCAGAUUGUUUACACCGAGUCCACCAUCGACUUUCUGGACAGAGCGAUAUUUGACGGAGCCUCGACACCCACCCACCACCUUUCCCUGCACAGUGAUGACUCGUCCACCAAAGUGGACAUCAAAGACGCCUACGAGGUCGAGGUUGCCACUUUCUCAUUCCCUGACCCCACAGACGUGGGCGGCCUCUCAUCCUUGUCCUUCUGCAUGCCGCCGUCACCCCACCUCAAGACGGCCAGCGAGAGCGAGCUGAGCACCACAGCCACCGAGCUGCUGCAGGACUACAUGCUGACGCUGCGCACCAAGCUGUCAUCCCAGGAGAUCCAGCAGUUCGCCACAUUGCUGCAUGAGUACCGCAACGGGGCCUCCAUCCAUGAGUUCUGCAUCAACCUGCGACAGCUGUAUGGGGACAGCCGCAAGUUCCUGCUGCUGGGUUUGCGGCCCUUCAUCCCUGAGAAGGACAGCCAGCACUUUGAGAACUUCCUGGAGACUAUUGGGGUGAAGGACGGCAGGGGCAUCAUCACAGAUAGCUUUGGCAGGUACCGGCGGGCCGCCAGCACUGCCUCCAGCUCCACCACCAACGGGAACAGGGCCGCGGGCAGCUCUGACGACCAGUCCUUGCCCUCGGAGGGAGACGAGUGGGACCGUAUGAUCUCGGACAUCAGCAAUGACAUCGAGGCACUGGGCUGCAGCAUGGACCAGGACUCUGCGUGAUGCACCCUCGGGGACAGGGCUGCCGGGGUGGCAGGAGAAGGCAGAGCUGGCCCUUCUUCCCAUGGCCGUCCCAGCCGCCCUCCACCAUUGGCUUCUCCUCCGGGAGCUGGAGGCUGGAGAGAGCAGCCAGGCCCUGGCACGCUGCCCCUGUGCAGGAGCCCUGUCCCUGCCAUCCCUGCGUGCACAGCAGCCAUGCGUGGGGCUGGGGCAGAGGCUGACACACCAUUCUCCGGCGGCCACUCCUGCAUCCAGUGUCCAUCCAGGGAGGGACGGGCUGGGCCAGCUCCGAGAACCGGCGGCUGUCGGUCACGCCCUGCACAAGUUUCCGUUUUGCACAUGUUCCUAUUGUAACUCUCAGAGACCUUAAAAAAAGUU